AUGACGACAGUGAGGGCUUCUCAGGGCUGCAACGAGUCGACCGAUGGUACGCAAUGUCUCAAUGAUCAGGAAAAUGAUUGCAAAGACCAUACUUCUCUUCCAUCAGUUCCAAAGCGGGUUAGUAUCGUACCUUUCUCCGCUUUGCCGCAGUCGAUGAGACCUUCACCGGCCUUACUGAGGCAAAUGCAUGAGACUGACUUGCUAGAGGGGCAGUCUCACGCACGACAAUAUGACGAAUUCGGCUUUCGAGUCAAUUUUAAUCAAGGUUAG